CAUCCACUUAACCCCUCAACAUGCUUUUAAAAUGAUAUAAAGUGAGCAUAAAUAGCAAGACAAAUUCUACAUCUAACUUUAAAAUAUAGUUGCAGACUGAGACUGGCAUUAUACAGUACACACAAGCACCCUGCACUAUAAUUGAUUAUCACACCAAUCAUGUUAGAGACAAACAAGGAAUAGGUCAGAGCCAACUGAAGAUGGAGGGAGAAAUCAACAACCUCCUCAUGGUAUGGACCUUAGCCGCCGCAACACUGUGCUACUGCCACACAAUCGGCCACCUCAUCCCACCAGGCAAACCCAGACUCCUCGCCCUCUCCCCCGCCAUACUCCUCCUCCUCCUCCUCCCUCUCAACCUCACCUCCGUCCACCUCGGCGGCCCCACCUCCUUCUUCCUCGGCUGGCUCUCCACCUUCAAACUCCUCCUCUUCGCCUUCAACAAAGGCCCCCUCACUUCCCACCCUCCCCUCUCCCUCCUCCACUUCGUUUCCCUCGCCUCCCUCCCCAUCAAAUUCCAAUCCCAACACCAAAAACCGCCACAAAAAAUCACCAAAAACCGCCAGAAUUCCCUAAUCAGCUACAUUUUCAUUCCACUCAUUGUCGUAACAGCUUACUUGAUUCCUCUGUUCGGUAAAAACCAAAAUCUCCACCCGAAAUUCGUGUUGUUCUUGUACAGUCUCCACAUGUACAUUGGCCUCGAAUUCUUCUUCGCACUCGCUUCAUCUUUCACGCAAAAGCUUCUCAACGUUGAGCUGGAACCACAGUUCGACAAGCCUUACCUGAGCACUUCUCUUCAAAACUUCUGGGGGAAACGCUGGAACAUCGCAGUGAACCGAGUCCUCCACCCAACGGUCUACGAGCCGGUGGUAACCGCCACUAGCACCGUGAUUGGGCGGAGGUGGGCCCCGAUUCCCGGCGUGUUCGCCACUUUCGCCGUGUCGGCUCUGAUGCACGAGCUGAUUUUUUAUUAUUUAAAGCGGGAGGAGCGGCGCACGUGGGAUGCGUGGGAGCCCUCGUGGGAUGCCAUGUGCUUCUUUGCGGUUCACGGGGUUUGUUUGGGUGUGGAGAUUGGGGUAAAGAAGGUGGUUGGAGGGAGGUGGAGGAUGCCGACGGGGGUGGCGUGGGUGCUCACGGUGGGAUUUGUUUACUCCACCGCGUUGUGGCUGUUUCUGCCGGCGCUUGUGCGGUGUCGGCUUUAUGAGAAGGCGACGAGGGAGGUGACUGCUUUGGGUGGUUUUGUGAAGGGUGUGUACGAUGCUUUCAAGUUUGUCGUGAGAAGGUGAUAGAUGCUAUUUUUGGAAAAUUGUUUGUGAAACAUCAAUUUGCAUUGCUUGGUUUAACAUCACUUGAUAGAUACAAGUUUAGUUUCUGCUGCCUUGGUCUCAUCAUACUCAUAGGAACAGUCCAAAUCCCAUGCGACUUGUGACCCACUCCCUUGUGCAUCUAUUUGGUUUCAAUAAUCAUUUUUCUUUGAAA